CAAGUAAAAGAAAGCUGCAUAUGAAACACAUACAUGCUUUUGAACUGUUUUAUUUAGAUUUACUGAUUUACUAUUUCUUUAAUUUGUAAACCCCGUCGUUUCCAGGAAGAUUAGACAAACACUGACUCCUAGUGGCCAGCGGCUAAAACGCAAAAACAGGAGGAUUCGCAGCCAUUAAAGUGCUCACGUGUAUUUCUCCUGUUUUAACGAAACAGAACACUGCUACGAGCACUAGUAGUAUAACGAUAGCAGAUUACUGUUAAGUCAAACGUUCAGUGUACUGUUCAACGGCUUCUAUUUUUAUGAAACAUGAAAAGGCGACCCGCGGAGUCAGUUUCAGUUGGAUCAAAGGGAAGAGGAAAUAAGCAAAACAUUGACGCUGACAACGCUGGUCCAACUCUCUCCAAGAAACUACGAAACAAGAAAGAUGGAGAAACCUCUAAACAAGUACAUUGCCGUACUCCUACAUCUACAGGAACACAAAGAAGACCUGUACCUGGCAACAUCCUGCACUACAUCUACAGAAGCACCCUGGGACAAAGUCUGCAAUCACAAAUGAGACAGUGCCUUCAGGAGCCCUUUGUUCGUUUACUGUCAUCAUAUCAUUUCCAUGGUGCUGUCAGCCCAUUUGACCGCAGGAUCACUUGUCUGGAGUGGAAUCCCAUUCACCCCACUACGAUGGCUGUAGGGUCCAAAGGUGGAGACAUUUGUUUGUGGGACUUUCAGGCUCCUGCAGAAAAAACCUUUAUUCAGGGGAAUGGUGCAGGAGACUUUAUAGGAGGGAUGAAGUUUUGCCCCAAGGACCUUUCCAGAGUCUAUGUGGCCUCUGGUGAGGGUAAACUGACCGUGCAGAGCUUUGAGGGCCUCCCACCCACCACGCUGUCCACAACUGAAGACUGUGGUCAUGAUCACCAUAAUGUUUGUUACUGGUAUUGCUGUGUGGAUGUGUCUGUGAGCCGACAGAUGCUCGUGACAGGAGACAAUAUGGGUCAGCUGGUACUGCUGGGCUUGGAUGGAAAGAAGAUCUUCAGCGACAAGUUACACAAAGCCAAAGUGACGCACGCAGAAUUUAACUCCCGUUGUGAUUGGUUGUUGGCCACAGCCUCAGUUGACCACACAGUGAAGCUCUGGGACUUAAGGAACAUAAAAGACAAAACAAGUUUCCUGCAUAACAUGCCUCAUGAAAAGGCUGUUAACUCAGCCUAUUUCAACCCUCUCGACUGCACUAAGUUGCUGACCACAGAUCAGUAUGACCAGAUCCGUGUCUACUCGUCCCCUGAUUGGUCAAAGCCUCAACAUAUCAUCCAGCAUCCUCACAGACAGUUUCAACAUCUAACACCCAUCAAGGCCACAUGGCACCCUGUCUAUGACCUGAUUGUGGCCGGCCGAUACCCUGAUGACCGUGUUCACUCAGGUGACCUACGGACCAUCGACAUUUAUGAUUCCAACACAGCAGAGCUGGUCUGUCAGCUGCAUGAUCCCACGGCUGCAGGGAUUAAAUCUCUUAACAAAUUCAAUCCACUGGGUGAUGUGAUUGGAUCGGGAAUGGGUGUGACAGUGCUGGUGUGGAAAAAGGAGGAUUCUCUGACCAGUAAUGGGCUCGUACAGCAGCAGGAGGAGGGCGGCGCCUCAACGUCAGUGGGCAGUCAGGCACAGAGAAGAAGAGGAAGUCAGCAGCGCUCGGGCAGGGAGCGGAAAGGUCCUGCUGCGGAUGCAAAGCUCAAGAAGAAACUGGCUUCUUUGGAGGAAUGUCAAAUCAAAACAAAGAAUAAUACAAAACAGAAGCAAACGCAGUCAAAGAAGAAGUGACCUGAAAAAUAGCUGAAUCACUUUUACAUUCCUUUCUCCCUUGUUAAAUUGUUCUAUAUGCAGUGAAUAGUUUAUUCUCACUAGUUCAAUCAAAAGAUUAUGUUGUCACUUGUUUUUUCUACUGUCUGUUAAUAAAGUUAUUUUUGUCAAAGAAA